GGGGUGGGCAGGGAGGGGGCGGGCCGCGGGGCAGGGAGGGGGGGAGGGCUGGGGGCCGGUGCGGGAGGGGGCGCCCGGCUGCUCGGCGGCUCGCGCGACUGGUCGUUGCGGGCUGCUGACAUGCCUGAGAGCUGCGGAGCUUGCGGCCCCUAGGUGUUUCAUGGAUUAACUUUUCCUGGAUUACAUAUACAACAGCAGUCUAGUUAUGGCAUCUUUCCAGGCCUUCAGAAACAGACGUAUGAAGAUCAGGGCAUCUGUCAGAAAAAGCUUCAGUGAAGAUGUGUUUCAGUCUGUGAAAUCAUUACUACAGAGUGAGAAGGAACUAUGCAGCAUAUCAACAGAGGACUGUUUAAAGCAGGAUGAACAUGCCAAGUUAUCUGAGGUCACAUUUUUAGGUUUUAAUGAAGAGACAGAUGCUGCUCACAUUCAGGAUUUGGCUGCUGUUUCUUUAGAACUUCCAGCUCUUCUGAAUUCACUGCACUUCUGCAGCCUAAAUGAAAAUGAAAUUAUCUGUAUGAAGGAUAUAAAUAAAUCAUCAGAUAUGAACAGUGACCCUCUAAACCAGAAUCAUCAUUCUGGAAUGCUUUGUGUCAUGAGAGUGUCACCUACAUUGCCAAGACUCAGAAUUGAUUUCAUCUUUAGUCUUCUAAGUAAAUAUGCUACUGGUAUAAGAUACACACUGGACUCAUACUUGCAUCAGAAACGCCAGCUUGAGACCACUAAUGAAGAUGACGAUGAUACCAACCAGUCUGUGUCUUCCAUUGAGGACGACUUUGUUACUGCUUUUGAACAAUUAGAAGAGGAGGAAACUUCAAGACCAUCUAAUGAGGAAAUAAAUAUUGCUGCAGUAAGGAGCCAGUGUGAUGCUGCUUCACAGACAAUUUCUGGUCAUCAUGUAGAAACCCAGGAUGUGAAGAUUCUGGAUAGUUAUGGACAGCAGAAAUCAUCUCCCAAAGCCUCAGUAUCCCUAAAGAGUACUCUGGAACCUAAAGAACUGACUUCAGUGAAAGCUUCUGUCACAACAUCAGUGUCUGAGCCUUGGAUCCAGAGGAGUUUCUAUAGGUCAUCAGCAGCAGCUACGGGUAAAGAUGGUGAUGCCCAGAAAACAUUGUUUUCUUCUUCUCCUGCCUAUUCAUCUGAAUCAGAAUGUUCAAGUCCAAGUCCUAUCAUUUUCUUGGAUGAAGAGGGAUAUCAAAAAAGCUUAAAAGCCAAACUUGAUCUCCCUAAAAUUCCUGUGAUGAAAGAUGACAUAGAAGAUUCAGACUCAGAGGUCAGUGAAUUUUUUGAUAGCUUUGACCAGUUUGAUGAACUUGAGCAAACUUCAGAGGCUGCUUGUCCAAAAGAGCCGAACAUGGGGGAGCCAUCGCACAAGAAGAAGGGACAUAAACAUGAAAAAUCCUGUUCUGUAACCACUACUAUGAAUCCUCAGAAAUUCAAGUCUGAUCGUCCGGUUCUCCCAGCUAAUGUUAAAAAGCCAACUCCUCGUAAGCCAGAAUCCCCUUAUAGUAGCAUGUGUGAUGCCCCAGAUUCCCCUCGCCCAGUGAAGGCUUCAGGGGAAGACAGUGACUUGUUUAGCCCUAUUCGAUCCUCAGCUUUUAGUCCUCUGGGAGGCUGCCCUCCUGGGUGUUUUUGCCAAAUAGAAACUGGUGGGGAUGGUAUUCAUGAAAAUUAUGACACUGCUCAUUGUAUGUAUGAAGAUUAUGCAGAUAUCCUUUCAUGUGAAGUACUGGAUUCAGUUCUUCAUAGUCCACCUACAAAUGUACUGUCAGACACUGAAAAUAUUGAGAAGGAAGAAAAGAAGCCUCUAGCUCUUACGUGUGGAAGCCUUGAUCCAAAAAUUAAAUCUAAAAAUAAACCUUUAAUGAUUAAAGAUAGUAUACAGAAAUUUGCAGCAGGUCUUGUGGAAAAAAGUUUUGGCAGUGCUUUCAAGGACUUACAGAAAGGAGUCUCUUCAUGUACCAAUGCGUUGUGCCACUUAGCCAUCAAAUUGACAUCCUCCGUUUUUCAGAUGGCAUUCAGUGAACUGAAAAGGCAACGUGCAUUUUCACUGAGAGAGCAUGCCAUUAGUGGUCUGGCUAAUUUUUUGGUGAGUGAGGCUUUAUCGAAUGCUUUACAAGAUUUACAGUAUGUAAAGAAGCAGAUAUUUACCAAUACGGUUGCAAGGUUUGCUGCAGAUCUUGCUGAAGAGCUUGUAUUUGAAGGCAUCAUGGAAGUGUGCCAGUUUUCAUACCCUCCGACCCCUGCAUCUCCACAGUGUUGCUCAUUUGACUAUGAGGACAAAGUUGUGAAGUCAUAUGCAAAAGAUUUGUCCGAAUCUGUAAUACAGGAAGCAUUUAUUGAGCUGUCACAAAUUGAUGUGGCCUUCACAACGAAGGCAGCUGUCAGUGUUUCUACAAAUAAUAUAAACUGUGUGAGUGCAGAAAACAUGCCAUUGACACAGAACAUCUCAUUUCCCCCCACUUCUAGUGGUCAAACAAUUACACUGACAAAACCAGUGCAGGACUCUAAAAAAGAAUACACAGUUCAGCAAGCCUUGUUUUGUAGUUCUGGAAUUGCUACUUCUGUACCAAUGCCCUUGGCAGGAAGUACCCUUCUUCCAUACCAUAUUUCAUCUGAUGUAUGUCAGGUAGGGUCUGCUGUCUUUUCUGAUGACAGUAAUUCAAAUGAUGAUUCUCAGCAUGCACAUGUUACAAUGAAAAGCAAAGAAGAAGAAGUACCUUGUCUGAGUAAUAUUUGUUUACCUUCAGAACAGAAUAAUCCAGAUGAUUUUAUAACCAGAAAUGAUGAUAAUGCAGUGAAAAACUCCUCAAAAUUAGCAAGUGAUCCUUUGAUUAUUGGCAACUUUUCUGCAGCAAUGGUGCAUACAGUAGUAAAUGAAUCUUUAGAGUCAGUGACAUCAUUUAAAGUUACAACGCCAGUUGAUGAGCACACAGAUUGUUUACCUAAAAUAUUGAAGGGAAACACCUCUCCUUUCUACUCUGAUCAAGCAGACCAGCAGUGGAGUGAUGCUAGCAAUAAGGACAUGUUUGCUGAUAGAUUAUCUGAAUCUAUUAUUAGACAUUCCGUGGAUACAAGCAAAUCAGUAACUCUAAAUGUAGAUAAAAGUUUGAUACACAAGGAAGACUUAUCUGUUCCUGGAGAAGAGUCAGAGUUGAUCUUGGAAAAGUUCUCUAACUGUCCAGAUGGUCCAGAUCAUUUAACUCGCUCAUCACUUUCAGUAGAAAGGGAUUGUGUCCCGGAAUGUAAAGGUUCAGUGGUUCAUAAAUUUUCUUCAGAGACACUUCCACUUUGCCCAACGAUGGCAAAUCAGAAUCUUGAUUUGAAGGAACUUGCUAAGGACAGAUCAGUGACAAAGCAUAGUUUGAACAGUGCAGCACUUGAGUCCUUGUGUUUGGGGCAGGAAAGCUCUUUCCCCCAUUCACAUACUUUCUCAUCCACAGUGCUUACAUGUGUAGAUGGUUUGCAGGUAGAAGAUAAACAGAAGGUCAGAGAUGGAAAUGUAAUCCCGGAUACUCCUCCAUCAACUCCUCUAGUACCAUCCCAGGCUAGUUCUGAAUGGGAUAUCAAGAAGUUAACAAAAAAGCUCAAGGGGGAAUUGGCUAACGAAUUUGCUCCCGCUACACCACCAUCUACUCCUCACAACUCAUCUGUUGGUAGUUUGUCUGAAAAUGAGCAGCAUGCUAUUGAAAAAGAAGAGUUUAUGUUGAAGCUCAUGCGAUCUCUUUCGGAGGAAGUUGAAAGUAGUGAAGGAGAAGAGCGGCUGGAAGGGGAUAUGAAGCCAGACUACUCAGGGGAGAAAGUACAGUUUGCAGAAGCACUGGCCACCAACAUCAUUUCUCUUGCAACUGAAGUGGCUGCUUCCCAUUUAGAUCAUAAAAUAACUCAAGAGCCGAAAGGUAGAAGCCCUUGCUUAAAUGUACAAAAUCAAAGAGGUGUAUCUCCUGCUUUUUUAAAUCACUCUGAUGAAAAUUUACAAACAGUGCACAAUUUUGCAGGGGAUAUGGCAGCAGAAGUCAUUACAGAGGUGGAGAAAAUAGCAAAAGUGAGAAGUUGCAUGCUUUCCAGGCCAAAGAACAGCUGUUAUAGUGACAGUGACCGGGAUCAUCGGUCAGAGGAAAAGCUAGAUAUUGAGUGUGUAGCACCUUCAAGGGAAAUGGAUCCAUGUUUUCUUUCUUUUCCACCAAGUUCUUGCAUGUUAGGACUGACCUAUAAAUAUCCCAGCUGUGAAAGUGUAACCGAUGAAUAUGCAGGUCACAUUAUCCAAAUACUCAAACAGGAAGGUGGUAAUAGUGAGUUAAUAAUGGAUCAGUAUGCCAAUAGACUUGCUUAUCGAUCUCUUAAAUCGGGAUUGCAAGAAGCAGCUAAGACAACCAAAAGAAAGAGCAGUUCGAACAUGUUGUCUGUGCAAAGCUCACAGGUGAAAAUCAACAAUGAUACAGAAUGCCAUCAGGAAGUAGGUAAAAAAAGACAAUGUAAAAGAAAUGGAGGCUGCUUUCAUAAAAUUCAAACUUGUGAACGGACUCAGGAUAUACGCAGAAAUGAGCACUCGGAGCUGUACAGUUUUUCCACCUCUCUUGCUCACAACAUAACAAAAGAUGUUAAAAAAGAGCUGACAACUUCUGUAGCUGGUUUGCCCAAAUCCUUAACCGAUUCUUGCCUUUAUGAAAAAGCUGGGUGUGAUGAAGAUACUGAGUCUCAUGCCGAGUCAGAAUUUUCCCAGUUUCCCCAGCCUUCCUCAAAUACUCAGAGAUUUUACCAAAGUACAGGCAGCCUAAAUGGCUAUAGUCAUGGGAAGAACAUUGUCCACACAAUAGAAAAGUAUGCUCAGAAAGUAGUCGAUGACACCUUAGAGCUAAGUUUAGGACCCACAGUUUUUCAUAGGUCUGAGACCACAAAACUGGCAGAGAGGAUCACUUAUGCAGAAAAGUUGUCACCUCUUCUAAGUCAGAGUUGCAGGCACUGUGACCGGAAGGAACUGCAUGAUUGCACUGGAAACUCAUCUCAGCUCCCUUUCAGACAAGAUGUAUUUGCUGGUUGUAAGUCAAAGAAUAAUCCAAGACACAGCAGCUUCUUUGAGAAAUCUAGAAUUUUUCAUCUUGAUGUCCCUCAAAUUCAUGUUGAUCUUGAUAAGAAGGUAGUGCUCGCUGAGAAGAUAGUUGCUGAAGCGAUUGAGAAAGCAGAGAGAGAGCUGAGCAGUACCAGUCUGGCAGCUGAUAGUGGAAUUGGACAGGAUGGCAUCAGCUUUGCCGAAAGCCUAAGUACGGAAAUAAUGACAUCAGCGAUGACAAGUCAUGGACAUUUUAGCAGUCCAAAAGAAAUAGAAGACAUCUAUUCAGCCGAGUCCUUUGGUAGCCAGCAGAUGAAUGUCAGUAUUGGUGAAGACAGCAUUGGUAGCUGGUCCAACUUAAGUUUUGAAGAUGAACCCCAGGAUGAAAGCAGCAGUUUUCAUCAUCUAAGUGAAAGUAAUGGUAACAGCAGUAGCUGGAGCAGUCUUGGUUUAGAAGGAGAUUUGUGUGAGGACAAUUUAUCCUUUCCAACAUCAGACAGUGAUGAGCCAGAUGACGAAGAGGAUGAGGACGAUGAAGAAGGUUUGGAGCAAGUUGGAAAGACUUUGCUAAUUUCAAAUAUUGACAUGGAGCCAUGCACCGUAGAUCCCCAGCUAAGAAUCAUCCUUCAGUGGCUUAUUGCCUCUGAGGCUGAAGUUUCAGAACUUUAUUUUCACGACUCUGCAAAGAAGGAAUUUAUACUACUUUCGAAGCAAUUGCAAAUGAAAGGCUGGAAAGUGGGAGACCUUCUCCAAGCUGUGCUGAAAUACUAUGAAGUGAUGGAAAAGAUUUCCAGUGAGGAGAGAUGCAAGUCACUGUUCGAUUGGCUCUUGGAAAAUGCAUAGAAUCCCCAAACCCAGUGUGUCUUAUGAUUUGUUUUGUGAGAGGAAGAAACAAAGGUUCAUAGGGAAAGCUUUGAGUAGUAAGUAGUAAUUUUUAAAGCGAAGUGGAAGGAAAGUAAAUACAGCUUUUUAAGCACAUUGUGUCACCAUGGUGUAUAUAGUUCAUACUUUUGUAAUCUUUGUCAAAAUAUUGUCUUUGUUUAUUCUUCUAUACACAUGUAUAGUACUUGAGACCCUAAGAACAUGUAUUUGAAGGAAGGUUUAACCAUGAAGUUUUCAGGGACGUUGAUGGCAUUCUUUUUUGAAUCUAAUAGUGCUGCUAGAACCUGCACCAAGAUGGCUGAGGAUAAGUUCCAGGGACAAAGAGUUAUAAUUUUGCUUCUUUGCAAACAAAUGGUGUUCUAUUAAUAAAUACUCUGAUUCCAAAAAUAGUUUAGAGGCUACUUUAAUUUUUCCUACAGAUAUUUUUGGUCUUGGUUUUAAAGGUCCUUUUUCAUUGACUCUCUCAACCUUAGAAACAAGGUUAUGGGUUUCUAUAACUACUAUGAAUGAUAGGUUCUUCAUCCUUUCAUCAAAUGAUAUCAUUUGCCAAUGUUGCCAGUCAUUCUGGCAAGAAAAUUUGUGUGUGUGCAUGCGUGUGUGUGUGUGCACGCGUGUGUGUGAAAAGAAGUUCAUUAACCUUACUGGAUGGUUUGUGCCCUCCCCUCCCCUUUUUGUUAGCCAUUCACUGUUAACAUUAAAAGGUGCUUUAAAAUAAAAUGUCUCUAAAGAUUGUGCGGUAAGAAUUUUUUUUUACUUUUUUUGGGUCUCACAACUUAGUCCAUAAAUGGAAAUAAGGGCACAGAAUAUGUUAAAAUUAAAUUAGUGUCAAAUAGAAUUGCAUUUAGAGAAGCCCAGUAGCAAUUUUCAUUGUUGGAUAUUUUUGGAAAAAAUUCUGCUUUAGCCAAGGACAAACUUUUUUACAAGAAAUGGGGAUUUCUUCCUCCCCCCACACUCAACACAUUCAUGCACAAUGAAAUGUUUUUCUCCAUUUUGUAAAGUUCUCUGACAUGAUCUUUCUGGGUUCUGUUUUUGUCUUUAGAAACUGCAAAUUAAUUUGAAUAAGGAACUGAGACUAUGUCUUGGUUUUGGAUGUGAGGGUAUAUGUGCGUAGAUUUUUUUUCAUUCUUCCUUGAGUUUUUUUUUUUAUCUAGAAUUAAUUUAUUGAUACCUUUGGUUUUAUUCCAUUACAGUAUCUUUUUUCAUGAUUACUGACUGUUCUAGGAGCUCUACAAAAUGUGGAAGACAUAGCACUAAACCAGACUCAAGAAAUAAUAGCACUUACAUUCAUUUAAAUCUAUUAUUAUUAUAAAGAAAUGUUUUUUUAUAACAAAAUAGUCAUCAUUUGCUUUUUAAGGAAAGCAUGACUAUUUUGAGCUUACAUUUUAAGCAGUUUUUAUCCUUUAGUUUUAAGAUAAAGAAAUAGAGUGAGUCUUGAAAAUAAAUUUACCUAGAGUUUCUUCAGCUAUUUUGAAAGUAGGAAAAGUAUACUCAGAAUUGUUUCUUUCUUUCACCUUUUAGAAUUUGAGUUGUAGCAGCACUGGAUUGGGUUUUUUAAUGUUAGGCCUAGAUUGUUAAUUAUAACGUGGGUCAACUGAUGAUUAAAUUUAGAUGAAAUAUUUUAAAGUAUAUAACCAUCAGGUUGUAUUUAGCAAUUUGGAUGUAUGUAUGGGUUUUAUUAACAACAAAACGAAGUUCUGAAUUUCUUUUAAACUCAAGUGACAAUUUAGUUUUGUAAAACUUUUUGUGCUUGAAAAUAUUUCUGUUUAUUUCUCUUAUAGUAAUGAUCAUUUUGAGCUGUGCUCAUUAUCUUUGUUUCCUUUGUAUUUUUCUGGAGCUGUACUGGGCUUAGAGUUCCCUUAUUUAGCCACUACUUAGUGACAGAUAAGUCAUUAGGUAUUAGCAUGCAUAGUAAAAAUCAGAGUGGAUCUAUACACUUGUAUUAGUCCAGUUCAGGGGCAUAGAGAAGAAUAUUAGGUAUUGGCAGAUAUGAAAAGGAGCUUGAGUUAAGUUUCCUUAUAUAGAGAAAUAAAUGUUUUGCUUUUUGAACAGUAUCAUCUAAUCAAGUAUAGUUUAAAACCUGCUUUAUUUAAAGGCACUUUGUAAUUUUCCAAAGAUGUUCAAGACAACCCUCACUCUCACUGUCUUGUUUUAUUACAAAACUUGACAUAUUGCUAAUACUGUCAUAUUGGCCAUCGUACAUCUUGGCCCUUAUAAAGGAUGUCCUUAUGUGUUGCAUAUUAAGCUGAAUUUCAUCAGUUUUGGAACCAUCAAAUGAUCUGUGAACAGUGAAUGCACAGGGUCUCCUGUGUGUGGGAUGCCAGGAGGGCUGUCUUGAACAUUAUUUCAGCCUGAAAUGCAGUAUUUUUUUUUGUUUCUUUUUGAGCUAUACCCAGCAAUGCUCAAGGAUUACUCCUGGCCUCUGUGUUCAGGAAUCACUCCUGGCUGUGCUCAGGGGACCACAUGGGAUGUCGCGGGGAUUUAACCCGGGUAAGCCGCAUGCAAGGCAAGCACCCUACCCGCUGUACUAUCUCUCCAGCCCCCCCCCCCCCAUGUGGUAAUUCUUUCAUACUUGUCCCAAGUCAGAUUUAACAUUUUAUAUUUUAGGCUUUAUGAUGUUGAUUUUAAGACUAGUUUCCUUAUUUGUAAAAGAAUGAUUCAUGUAUAUAUAUAUGCACACACAUAUAUAUCCAUAUAUAUGUUACAAAAGAAAAUGUCUAUUACAUGGUUUAAUACGAUUAAAUGGAGUAAUAAAACCUUUGAGAGUAUUCACUCCGUGAAUAUAUGUGAAAAUAUCUGUAUGCCACUUACCCUUUUAAAUAUUUAAUAUGAUUAGUUCAAUCUAUAAUACUUUCAUUUUGCCUGAGACUUUAUGUUGCUUUUUGUUGCUGAGAGGAGAAUUUAAUGACUUUUCAUGUGCACCACCAAUGAGGUGAACGAUAAUCGACUCACGUGCCUUUGACAUCAGGGCACAUUCUCCAUAUGCCAAGUUUAACUUUGACUCUUCUCCGGAGUCCUGCCUCAAAUGACUGCUUAGUUAAUUAACUAGCUAACAUUAUUCUUGCAUAGCCAAUAUUACCCACUUUGUCAUGGGUAUAUUGUUUUUAAUUUUAUGUUUUUCAAAGUAAACCUUACACAGAAUUUUUAAAAAUGAAUUCACCCAUGCUCAAAGUGAAGGGCAAACACUUUCCAUUUAAAACUCUGCCCACCUGUGACCAACACAAGUGGAUUAGAGCUUCCCUGGGAAUUAAAGACUGAACUCUAGAGCGAUGCCUUUUUUCCCCCUCAUUUUCAGUCAAAGACCUUGCACACAUUUAUGCGACUCAUUGUAUUCCAGUUUGAAGAUGCAGAUACGGUGGGAGUCACUUUGGUCACUUUAUUUAUUUAUUUUUUUACCAUCUGUACAUUCCUUUUACAUGGGUAGAGUUGUAGUCUUAGAAGUUCAUUGUUUUGUUUUUGUUGUAAUGUUUGAAUACUAUUUAAUAUCUGGUUGUAAUAUUGCUGGGUUUGCUACCUUUGGUUACUUGUGCAGUGUUAAAAGUAAUUUCAUAUUCUUGUUUAAUAGAUCAGAUACAUAGCAAAAGCAGCUUUGGAUAAUUCUGUUGAUUUGAACUGUACUGAAUUAUUACAUUAAGAUCUUGUAUGACAGUAUUUUUUUCUCCUCAGUAAUUUAAUAUGUUCAUUUAACAAAACCUUUUCAUUAAAAUUUUGUUUUAGCUGUGACUCAAAAUAAGCAUUUCAGAACUUUUGUAAAAAUUUGCGGUUAAUUGUUCUUUUAUCCUUUUUCAGUUCAAGUCUGUAAUCUUCCUCUCCCGACUAAGAAUUCUCCAAUAAACUUAAGAGAUGCCUGGCCUUGGUUUUCAUUCUAAAAUACGUUAGCUGCAUUGAACUGAACUAAACAAAUGCAUUUAUGUGCAACUGUUCAAUUCGAUGAUACAUCAAAGGUUCUCA